CCUCCUCCUCCUUUCCCUCCCUCCGCCUCCCCCCACCUCGCGUCUCGCGGAGCCCGGAGAGCAGCGGCGCCGCCCAUGGAGUCGCUCGCGCUCCUCCACGCCAAGCCCGGCGGCCUCCCUCCCCGCGCGGGGCUCCGCCUCCCGCUCCCGCGCGCGCGAUCCGCGCGCGUCUCCCUCCCCUCCUCCCCGGCGGCCCCCGUAUCGCUCCAGUCCCCGCUCCUCCUCGCUUCGAGAAGCGGCCCUACCUCGCGGGACGCCGUCGUGGGGUUGGGAUUGGGGUGCGGGCUCUUGAGACGGAGGAGCGGCGCUAGUGGUGGUGGUGGUGGUGGGGUCUCUUGCGGCGCGCAGCCUGCCGCGGCGGCGGCGGCGGGGGCGGUGCCGGCGGCGCAGCCGGAGGGGAAGAAGUUCCUCGGCGUGGAGGUGAAGACGCUGAAGAAGAUCGUGCCGCUCGGGUUGAUGUUCUUCUGCAUCUUGUUCAACUACACGAUCCUGCGGGACACCAAGGACGUGCUGGUGGUGACCGCCAAGGGGAGCAGCGCGGAGAUCAUCCCGUUCCUCAAGACGUGGGUCAACCUGCCCAUGGCCAUCGGCUUCAUGCUCCUCUACACCAAGCUCUCCAAUGUGCUCUCCAGGGAGGCGCUCUUCUACACCGUCAUCUUCCCCUUCAUCGCCUUCUUCGGCGCCUUUGCCUUCGUGCUCUACCCUCUCAGGAAUGUGAUCCACCCCACCGCGCUCGCCGACAAGCUCCUUGCGGCGCUCGGCCCGAGCUUUCUUGGCCCCGUCGCCAUUCUGAGGAUUUGGAGCUUUUGCUUGUUCUAUGUCAUGGCCGAACUGUGGGGCAGCGUCGUCAUCUCGGUCCUCUUCUGGGGCUUCGCUAACCAGAUUACUACAGUUGAGGAAGCAAAAGAAUUCUACCCUCUAUUUGGUCUUGGGGCUAAUAUUGCGCUCAUCUUUUCUGGGCGUACUGUGAAGUAUUUCUCAAAUCUGCGCAAGACAUUGGGUCCAGGUAUUGACGGAUGGGAGGUGUCUUUGAAAGGAAUGAUGAGCUUAGUGGUGCUUCUUGGACUUGUCAUCACUUCCAUCUAUUGGGGGGUGAACAAGUUUGUUUUGAAUGAUCCUUCUCUUCCGAAGUCUGACCGUAAGAAGAAAAAGGAUAAACCUAAGCUUGGAAUGAAAGAGAGUCUUAAAGUUCUCCUCUCCUCAAGAUAUGUAAGGGACCUUGCUACUUUAGUGGUUGCAUAUGGCAUCAGUAUCAACCUUGUGGAGGUCACAUGGAAAUCGAAGCUCAAGGCACAGUUCCCUAGUCCAAAUGAGUAUUCAUCUUUCAUGGGUGAUUUCUCAACCGCUACUGGCAUUGCUACUUUCACAAUGAUGCUGUUAGGCCGGAUCAUACUCCGAAAAUUCGGCUGGGGAGUGGCUGCAAUGAUCACCCCCACAGUUUUGUUGCUGACUGGCGUCGGUUUCUUCUCCCUGAUUCUAUUUGGGCAGCCUCUCACUCCUAUGCUUGCCACAAUGGGCAUGACCCCUCUUCUUGCAGCAGUUUAUGUGGGUGCACUUCAGAACAUAUUCAGCAAGAGUGCAAAGUAUAGUUUAUUUGAUCCAUGCAAAGAAAUGGCCUACAUUCCUUUGGAUGAAGAUAUGAAGGUGAAGGGAAAGGCAGCCAUUGAUGUUGUCUGCAACCCAUUGGGGAAGUCUGGUGGAGCUCUUAUUCAACAGUUCAUGAUCCUUACAUUUGGCUCUUUAGCUAACUCCACCCCCUACCUUGGUGGCAUACUGUUGGUGAUUGUUCUAGCAUGGCUAGGCGCGGCAAGUUCACUAGACAAGCAAUUCUCUAGCUUGGCUAAGGAAGAUCUCAAAAGGGAUAUGUCUGCAAAAGAGAAGGUAGAUCCUUCCCUGCUCAAGGCUCCUGAGGCUGAUGUAUUGGUGGAGCACACAAACGGCACUAUAGAGAGCGAAGCUACUGCAACUGAGAGUUCACCAUCAAACUCAUCUCCAAGUAAUUAGAUUCAUCUUUCUUUGACAAAGUCAAUCGAUAGGUAGGAGAAUGAUUGCAGUGGGUAGAAAUAAUGGUGAUGAAACAAUUCACGGUUUCUCAAGUUUGUAACAGUGCGCAGAAUCAAGCUGCCUGUUUAUUUUGUUUGUAACGUAUGCAAAUUUUGACAAGUGCACUGAACGCCAUUGUGGAAAUUCAACCGUUCUGGCAGGGAGAAUGAAUGAAUAGGUUUCCCACGCCUUGCAAAA